AUGCAGGUGAUAGGAAUGCGGAGACAGGAAGCAAAUGAUGAUGAUCGAAUGAGCGAGACGGAUGAGGUUAGACAGGAUAUCGACGACGUACGUUGCAAGGUCCAGAGCAGGAGCGUGCGCGUGUGUGUGGUGAGCGAGUUGAUGAAUCGGCAGGUGGAGUUGGAGCGAGCGCGCAAACGACAGUCAGCCAGUCAGCCAGCCAGCGCUGUGACGGCAGCCAGGCCAAAAGGCAAAGCAGCGCGCGCACUUUCGACCUUCGUUCUUUUUUUUGGCCUCUCCAAGGUGGUCCAAGCCUCACACACGCGCUUGAAUCUAGCACGUCGGGCUAGAGAAUUCAACACCGAGCCAGUGGACAGCGGACAGCGGACAGUAACAGGUCGCCAGCACGAAUUGUGA